AUGAAGUACACAAGGGUCAUCUCCAUUGUACCUGUCCUGAUGUUUCAGCUAAUUACAUCUGGGGUGAGUGGUACAUGUUACCCACAUACACCAUGCCUCCUUUCCAGACCAAGGAAACAAAACAGAGUAAUCCUAGGGCUCAGCCAGAAAAAGUCAAGGGAAAAAGUUGAAUUACCAGAAAAUGUCAUUAGCCUCGAAAACAAAGCUUUUGAUGACCAAUAUGUGGGCUGUGAAGAGACCAUGAAGAUAAAGGCAGAAGGGCUCUUAGCUCAAGAAAGAGCAAAGAACUCAAAUUUCAACAAAGUUUGGGAAAAAGCAGAAAAAAAAUGGGAAAAUAAGUCUACUGGCAAGAAAAAAAUGGAAAAGCCAUUUGAAGUUGCUGUCAUUGCCUACACAAUCUCAGAAAAUAAGUUUUACUCAGCCUUUAAUCGAGCAGUGAGAGAAUGCUGUGAAUCCCGGGAGGCUUAUAUUAAAAACUUCCAUUUCAAAGCUUUCCACUUCUAUCUGACCAGAGCUGUUCAAAUCCUGAGAGGACCCUGUGGACAUGUUUACAGGGGCAUCUCUGUGAAGCAGUACCCUAAUGGGAAAAGGAAGAUGCGCUUUGGCCAAUUUGCUUCAGCCUCUCUAGACAAAGAUGUGGCCAGAAGAUUCACACGUGGCUCAGGGACCCUCUACAAGGUGAACACCUGUGAAGGAGCUCCCAUUGAAUACUUAUCAGUCUUUCCAAAUGAAAAGGAGGUACUGAUUCCUCCAUAUGAGCUGUUCAGUGUCUCUAAUUCCUCAGAUUCUAAAGGCUUAGAAAAUAUUGAGCUAAAGAGCAAAGAACGAAAAAGCAAGUUUAACUGUGCCUACAUAAGAUUCCAGUAUUCUCGCAGACUUCAUGUCUGCGGUUAUCCUUUCUGGAAAUCCUUUCCUUCAGCUCCUGGAAAUAAGGCAGCGGGCCCUGGACAACUGACAACCAUCUUCUCCUCCAGAGUUUUCACCCUGGUCUUCUAA